AGUCAAGCCACGGAGGAAAAUGAAGGGCCUCUACCUGGCCGCUGGCAAGACCCUGGUUACCCUGGGGAGCCUCAGCAUCUUCUCUGGGUCCAUUGCCUUCUUCCCUGUGUUUUCCUGCAAGCUCUGGUACACAGGAUGGAGCGUUUGGAUCGCCUGUCCCAUCUGGAACGGGGCUUUGGCUGUCACAGCUGGAUCACUGGUGCUGCUGGCUCAUAGAGAGUGGACCCAGAGAUACUUGUGGGAAGCGGUCUUCACAUUUGUAAUUCUGAGCAUUCUGGGAUGUCCGCUUCAUUUCGCAAUAGCCUUGCAAUCUGCCCUCCUUGGUCCGUAUUGCUUCUACUCCUUCUCAGGGGCUGCGGGGACCGAUUACCUUGGUUACGCGGUUACCUUUCCUUUUCCGUACACGGAGUUCCGGUCGGUCUGUGUGGACCCGCCUCACUAUGAAGAGUAUCACCUGAGCCUUCAGGCCCUGGACCUGUGCCUAAGCCUCCUCCUAUUCUGUGUGUCCCUGGCAGUGUUCAUCAAGCUCUCUGCAAGACUGAUACAAACCGGACAGAUAAAUGUUCCAAAGAAUCCACAAUCAAUCUGAAGCUGUGUUCCUCUUAAACUGGCCUUAUUUUGAAAUAUUUACAAAGUAAUUUUGUUCUUUAAACUUUCCACCUCCCGUGUUCUUGGGAAAUAAAAUGGGAAUGAUCGUA